ACUGAACUGUGCUCAGUCGCUGUUGUGGCUGGGAGGCAGCACAAGGCGGGCAGUACCUUUGGUUGACCGUGGUUCAGCCUGAGGUAAAGCAGGGGUCUUUUAAAGUGACCGACUAAGCGAAAAGAAGCUACUGACGUCCCUGACCAAGCUCCGACUUGGCACGACACCUUUAAUCCUGCAGAUACUGCAGGCAGGAAGUACCAGAAGAGCAAGCUGUGGCAAGACUGGGUGGAGUUUGACAGGAUGUUCAGCCAGUUGUUCGUCUCUUUGUAAAUGGAUUAGAAGAGAUAUAUACUUUCAAUACAGAGAUUUGAGGAGAAGAGAAGUCUGAUGCCAUCCUGCUGCAUUGUAAAGGCAGGUUGUGACCAUGCGCUGCCUGGCUGCUCGGGUGAACUACAAGACCCUCAUCAUUAUCUGCGCCCUCUUCACACUCAUCACUGCGUUGCUGUGGAACCGCUGCUCUAGCGACACCUCCAAACGCAUCCUGCCUCGUGCUAACUUGGUGGCUACAAGUUCUCAGAUUGGGGAUGCUAGCAUCAGCAGCCAGCAGCAUCCGCCACAACCUCCCGAGCCCCCGCCUGUUGUCGGGCUUGUUGGAGGGAUUAAGUAUGAAGAAAUCGACUGUUUAAUCAAUGAUGAAUCUACUAUCAAAGGACGGCGAGAAGGCGGAGAAGUCUACCUGCCCUUCUCCUGGGUAGAAAAGUACUUUGAGGUGUACGGCAAAAUAGUGCAGUACGACGGCUACGAUCGUUUUGAGUUCCAGCACAGCUAUUCAAAGGUUUACACCCAACGUGAACCCUACCACCCUGAUGGAGUCUUCAUGUCAUUUGAGGGAUACAAUGUGGAGGUCCGCGACCGGGUCAAGUGUAUCAGUGGAGUGGAAGGUGUGCCUCUGUCCACUCAGUGGGGCCCUCAGGGCUACUUCUAUGCCAUCCAGAUUGCCCAGUACGGUUUGAGCCAUUACAGCAAAAACCUGACUGAGCGCGCUCCCCACGUGGAGGUCUACGACACAGCCGAGGAGAGGGACAGCCGAACCAACACCGCACCCUGGAGUGUACCGAAAGGUUGCAGCCUCAGCCGUGUCCAUGACAAGACCAGAGCUACCUCCGUGCGGCAGUUCAGCGCUCCAGACUCCUCCGAAGGCGUGUCCCUCCAGCUGGGUAACUCCAAAGACUUCAUUCUCAGCUUGGACAUCAAGUUUGUCUCCAACAGCAGCAUAUCUGUAAUCCUUGAAACCACAGAGAAGGGCCCGCCCUUCACAAUCCACUAUGUGACCAGCAUGCAGCUCAUCGCCUUCAGAGACCGUGAUAUCACCUACGGGAUUGGGCCGCGAACCACUUGGAGUACUCUGACCCGGGAUCUGCUCACUGACCUCAGGAAGGGCGUCGGGCUGUCCAACACCAAGGCUGUUAAAGCCACAAAGAUUAUGCCCAGACGUGUGGUGCGAUUAGUCCUACAUGGGCGUGGCUUUGUUGACAACAUCACCAUCUCCACCACUGCCCACAUGGCUGCCUUUUUUGCUGCCAGCGACUGGCUGCUGCGCAACCAGGACGAGCGAGGGGGGUGGCCUAUUAUGGUCACCCGUAAACUAGGUGAAGGCUUCCGACCUCUAGAGCCCGGUUGGUACUCGGCCAUGGCUCAGGGCCAGGCCAUGUCCACCCUUGUGAGAGCCUACCUCCUCACCAAGGACCAGGCGUACCUCAAUGCUGCCCUCAAGGCAGUAGGACCCUACAAGGUGCCUUCAGUGCAACAUGGGGUCAAAGCUGUGUUCAUGAACAAAUAUGACUGGUAUGAAGAAUACCCCACCACACCCAGCUCCUUUGUCCUCAACGGCUUCAUCUACUCCCUGCUGGGACUCUAUGACCUGACUGAGACAGCUGGGGAGAAGCUCGGCAGGGAGGCAGGGCAGCUGUUCAGCCGCGGCAUGGAGUCACUGAAGGCCAUGCUGCCGCUCUUUGACACAGGGUCUGGGAGCAUUUAUGACCUGCGUCACUUCAUUUUGGGCACUGCGCCCAACUUGGCUCGCUGGGACUAUCACACGACACACAUUAACCAGCUACAGCUGCUGGCGUCCAUAGACAACUCCCCCAUCUUCAAGGAUGUGGUCAGGCGAUGGAAAACCUACUUAAAAGGUAUUCGUGCCAAGCACAAUUAGACAAACUACAACCCACAGACUCUAAAGGCUGAGAUGAAAAGAGGAUCAAUAUAUUCUGUGAGACUCAAAGAAUGAAUGAGCAGCGUGUGCCUCGCAUUGUGCGUCUGUGUGCAUCCCACUGGUUGAGGUCCACAAUCUGAAGUAUGAGUUUAGUCAGCUGAAGCUCUCAAUACUCAGACUCUCUCGUGUGCUCUGUUGCAGGUUUUUUAUUUUCUGCAACAUCCACUGUAGCUCUCCUCUCCCUGUUUUUAUUUUUUUAAUUAUUUUUUUUCCUUGAGCUAGUGUUUGUACUUAUGCACAAACCUCAUUUUGAAGUGUGUCUGCAUUCAGGAAGUGUACGUGUGUGUGUGUGUGUGUGUGUGUGUUAUUACAAAGAAUAUAUGUCAGUGGUGAAAGAUAAAAACUCUGUGAAUCACAUUUCUGAUAUUCUUUGAUGCAUCAGCACAUUUUUCUUCCGCAAUUGUAUUUUUUUAACACUUCAUCUCAGAUCUGCAAAGUUUAUUAAAACAAACUGUAUAUAACAGAAUAUAUUAUAAAUUAUUUGAAGGAGAAUGUUGCCAAAAAAAAAAAAAAGAAUGCAUCUUGUCAAUAUAUAAUACUUAAUCAUUAUAUUUCACCACAGCAACAUUUUUAUUGCAAACCCGUAAGAGUUUCAAAUUAAAACACAGGAUUGUUUUCUUCUUUAAACUAUGGCACAUUUAAUGUUUGGUCAGAGAUGUCUAUUAGAGGAUUCAUCCCUUUAUAGAAACGCUGGAAAAUCAAAUGCUAUAUGCUUCCAAACCUAUUUUCUCUCUAAACACAGAUUAAUAUUAGCAAAUAAUAAUUAUAUUAUGUCUUUAGUAGAUGUAUUUUUCCCCUCGAAAAUAAAUAUGAGGUCUAUUGAGCUGCUUGAAAGCCACUGAGUAAUAAGCAAGCUUGUUUGAGGUAGCACACUGUAACAAUGUUAUUGUUCCUGUGGUAAUCAAUGCACCCCUGCAGUAACGCUUAAAAAUGAUACAUUUAUCAUAAUUAGCUGUCAGUGCUGAAGUACCUACCUGUGAUGGUCAGGAUGACACACCUGUGUGCUUCUGUCCUUUACCUGGUUUUGUUCAAAGUUACUUAAACUUAAAACUUAUGAGUAACUUUGAGUUCAGCGUGGUUAUUAGAACACGUGUGUCUCAUAUGAGAGAUCUCAGCUGACUGAGUUUAACACAAGGAUCUCUGAAGAUCUCCAUUAGAUCUCCACUCAUUUCUUUUCAGUUGCACAGUUCAGGAAAAUCUAAACUUUAAAAAAAAAAAAGAAAAGAGUCUAAGCUUUCUCAUUGGUGUGUUGGCAACAUUUACUACUUAGACAACUGAUUGCAGGUGUGAAUGAGGCUAAAUGUUUAACACUAGAUGAGGCAGAGGUAUUACUUAGAGGUGAUAUUUCUGUGAAACUUCUUAAAUGCCAAACCCUCCCUCCCUGUGAAUCUGUCAUUGUUAUAAUUUCAGAUCUUUGUUUUGCUUGGUGUGAAUAUCAGCACCAUCAGUCUAGCCACAUUUUAAUCCCCCCCCCCAAAUUUUGGCCUUUUCAGCUUGUUGUUUACUUGGGAACUCAUCUGAAAAGCCUUUCUUCUGUAACCCAUGCUUGGAAAAUGAUAAUUGCAGGAUACGAGCGUAGGUGGUGUAGAUGUCUCUGUUGUGUGUUUGUGGAGGUGAAUGUGGGCAGCAGAAGCACAGCUGCAUUUCACUACUAUGUUAAUUCACACCAUUUAAAUAGACAAUGCCAGGAAGUACUAAAGCUGGAGGUAAAUUCUUGACAAGCAUACAAAGGCUCGGUCCCAGCAGGCUCUCGUUGCUCCUCUCAGCCGCUGUGAGUGCGUGAACUCGGUGUUUUUAAUCUGAGCGCUGCCCUGUUGACCACGGAGCGCAGAGAAAGAGGCCUGCCUAUGCUCUAACAAUUCACCCGGCUAAUAGGCUGGAGAGCCUGUUCACGGUAUAGUCGCUGCUCACGAUGAGUCAGCAUUCACCGGCAUCGCACUCACAAACAAAACAAAGCGGAGCCCUCAGCAACAAUGAGGCUUUCAUUGAUCUGCCUUUGAAGAUUUAAAGCAGCAGCAGAUUGGGCUUCUUCUGAAUCCUCUUCAUUUUUUAACACCAGGUUCAUGAGACAAAAUCAUUUUCCCACAAGCUUUCAGCUUUCAAGUUAUUUGAGUUUGUGCUAGCAGGACUAAAUCAGAGAAACACUGGACAUGCAGGUUCCCUUUUUCCAAACUCGUUAUUGAUUCCCAGCCUUCAGGCUUCACCUAUACUGAAUUAUUAGCGCCGCUGUCGAUAAUCUGAGUUUCCAAGAAAAAAAGAGGCAAAGGCAGAAUGGUCUGCAUGUAAUCAAGUUUAUUCAUAAAAAUAUUUCUUCUCUACAUAAGUUUUAAUCUGUAAGCAUGACUUUUUUUUUUAAUGUAAUCCUGUUUUAUCACUUAUUGCUUUCUUUACUGUUGUUUUAUUAUUGGAAAAUUACAAAUGUUUCCAAUAAUGAGGGAACUGUUUAACUUUUUCUUUAACAUAAAGUCAAAUAUUGUGAACUCAACCUUUUUUUUAUGAUUAUACUCAUUUAUAUUGCUUUUUUUUUUCUCUAAAGGGUGCGGGAAUUUUUAUCUCGUAGAUGUUUGAGAUAAUCUGAAGUGGGGAACAUUCAGGAAUGGAAGUUUUUGCGUGAGAAUAACGAGCUCCAUGUUGUUUAUACCAAAGUCAUUGAUUCAAGUGUAUUUGUAUAUUUUUGUGCAAAACAACUUCCAUUCAGCAUUUAAUGAUGUAAAAGUCUCCUCGGAGAUGUCAUGGAGAGACACUGCCUUUUGAGAAAUGCUACUUUUUCAGAUGUAGGUUGAGUAGAUUAUAGUUAAAACAAGAUAUGUAAAUGUGCUUAUUGUAAAGGGGUUGUGUGCAACUAGAGAUUAGUGUUUAGUAAGCUACUGUUUAAAGGGAAAUGAGCCAAUAGCUGCAGGUUCUCCUUGAGAGUGAUAUUUUUUUUCCCCUGAGAAUCAUCUGCAAAUUUUCAAGUUUUUUUUUUUUUUUUUGGUUUGGUUUGGUUUGGUUUUUCUAGUUAGACAAAAGCACAACUCUCAGUUAUUGUCACAUGAUUUUAGUUAUGUUUCUUUUUUGGAUUGCUUUUUCUUUUCAGGACAAUGUGCAACGCCUUCAUUAAGAAAGCUGCUAUUGUUAUUCACUGUGUAACAGGUGUGGGAGCUUCUUUUUCCUCAUUUCUGUGGUAUCCUUUCCCGCCUCUACACUCUUUGUUAAAACUCUUCAGCAAAUGGCCACUGUGGUCAAAUGUGAUUUUAUGCAAUAAAAUGUUUACUGGGAUCGUGACACCACGAGAGACCCAGAGUGGUUGUACAGACUUUGCAAUCGAAGCACAAUGUGCAAAUGCUACCAUUUUUUUAGUCCAAGGAAGAGAGGUGUUUAUAUACAGAGUAAAUCUUUGUGCUUUAAGAUUUUGCUUUUUAA